AUGGCGCCAAACCAAGGCCUUGUGCAUCCGACUGAGUACGACAUCAAGGACAGCAAUGUCGAGCUCAUUGGCACGGACAUUGACCACCAAGUGAAGUACAACUCCGCCGCUACCGAGCCAGCUUGGAAUGAAGGCAAGGUUGGCCAAGCUGCCGGGCUUUAUGUCUGGCGUAUCGAGGAAUUCGAGGUCAAGCCAUGGCCUAAGGAGAAGUAUGGUCAGUUUAUGGAUGGCGACAGCUACAUCGUCCUUAACUCAUACAAGGUUGGGAGCAAAGACGAUGCCGAGAAGCUAGGCCAUGGCAUCUUCUUUUGGCUCGGUGCCCAUACAUCGCAGGACGAGGCUGGUACCGCUGCGUACAAGACGGUAGAGCUCGAUGAGUUCCUACACGGGGCGGCGACGCAGCAUCGUGAGCUGCAGUCAGCGCCGUCUGAUGCGUUCCUUGAGCUCUUCCCUCGCAUCCAAAUCCGCUCUGGUGGAGUGAGAUCUGGCUUCCGUCAUGUCGAAGACGAGGAGCCCAAGGAGGAGAUUCUUACCCUGUUGCGUAUCUUCAAGAACCCGUCAGUCGGUGCCAACGGCGUUGUUGUGCACGAAGUUGAGCCAACGUGGCAAAGCUUGGACGAGGACGACGUUUUCGUGCUCGACACUGGCGACAAAAUUUGGCAGUGGCAGGGCAAGAGCUGCAGCCCGAUGGAGAAGGCCAAGGCUGCUCAGGUUGUCAACGACAUGACGCUGGCAAAGCACAUCGACGUCGAGGUUCUGGCCCAAGAGGAAUCGAGAUCUCGCGUCAUCGUCACUCUUCUCGGAGGCAGCGACGAUACGCCUCAGUCUGGUUUCCACUGUCCCAGACCAGUUCGAUCAGCAUCCAAGGCACACGCCGGCGAGCGACCUCAGAAGCUGUUCCGUCUCAGCGACGCCUCUGGGGAGCUCAGGUUCGACCUCGUCAAGGAUGGCAGCAAGGCUGCCCUCUCGGACUUUGAAGAGCAAGACGUGUUUCUCUUGGACGAUGCGGGCCGAGCUGUAUGGGUGUGGGAGGGACAGGGUGCAAGCCGGGGAGAGAAGGCCAAUUGGCUCAGAGUUGCCCAGGCGUAUGGGGGAUCCGAGGCGGACGAGGCUCAUCUCACGCCUGUCGCCAAGGUGACUCAGGGCAACGAGAGCAGGGCGUUCUUGAAGGCCGUGGCGGUUUAA